CGCACAGGCAGGUCCUGCGUCCACCGUCUGUGGUCCAGGUCGUCGCAGGGUGAUACUGAAGACCCCUGUGCCACAUAUUCAGAUCGCUGUAUCCCUUCCGCGGCCACCAGCGGUGAUCCACACAAAGCCAAGGAGCCCAGCACCGAGACAGCCGUCACAGCCUUCCCUAAUCCACCAAAAAACCGUACCUGCGGUCAGCUACAUCCUGCCUCUUGCCAUGCCUCUACCAGGUACGCUGAAAGCAACUACACCGCAACCCACUGCCACUCCAGAUCCAGCUCCAGCUCCAGCUCCAACUGAGCCCUCAGAGCUGCCAGCAAAGCGAGCCAGAGCUUCCAGCCCUGACCCUCCAGUUAGUCAGCUGAGCUCGCUGCCGAACUCGCCGUCUAAGCCACAGUCGCUGGAGGUGAGCAAUCCACAACCUGCUGAUUUGGCUCCACCAAACGCCACCGCCCACGCAGCACUGCCGCCAGAGCAGAACCAGCAGCCAAUAGCGCCAGUGAUUCCAGGUCCGUCUCUUGUUUCCACACAGCACCCAGGCAACAAGAAAUCGCUGAGCAUGCACACACCACCAUCCACACCCUCUUCAUCAGUACAGGACGGCUCCCCAAAGCAGAGCACUGACCCCCUGCCGCCACCAGCCCAGGUUCACUCUGAUGCAUGUACUAUAUCAUCAAUUGUAUCUUCUCCAGUUACCUCGACAGCAACGUUGGCGGCUGUUGCAUCAGAGCGCAGGGAGGGCUUUGCGCGCAAGUCAACCAGAACUCGAGGCCGCACACUCACGACACAGGCCAUUCAGCAAUAUCAUGCGAGAAUGGCGGCCAUGAAAACAGCACAUCCCGUUGUGCCACGCAAAAAUGUGCUGAGCAAUGCGCUGAAACGCAAACUACCAGAGGUUGAGCACCCGCCGCAGCCUCGGCCACAGAGCUAUCCGGCAGCCGAUCAGCUCGGCACAGGUCCGUGACUUUAUGACCAUGGAUAAAUGGCGUGCGAACAUACCUUUAACAUAUGACAUGUACUACCGCCAUGUGCCAUUUGAUAAGGCUGAGCGCCUGGCCACGCCCCCUGUCGAUUGCAUGGCACC